AAUCCAAAUCCAUUUCCGGCCGACGUCUCCUCUCUCUACGGAUACAUAUUUUUGUGAAGUGGGUGAAAACUCGGAGUUCAUAUGUACAUAAAUGGACUACUUUAUGAACGUUGAGAGAUAAAUUGGUUCUCACUGUUAACAAAUAUAUAGAAUGUCUCCAGCUAGCAGGGCUGAUAAGAAGGCUGUGGUGGAUGCAGCCGCUUGGAUGUUCAAUGUGGUCACUUCUGUUGGGAUUAUUAUUGUUAAUAAAGCCUUAAUGGCUACAUAUGGUUUCAGUUUUGCUACAACAUUAACUGGUUUGCAUUUUGCUACCACAACCUUGAUGACUGUUGUUCUAAGGUGGUUAGGUUACAUCCAACCUUCUCAUCUACCCUUCAAAGAACUUCUGAAAUUUAUUUUCUUUGCAAACUUCUCCAUUGUUGGAAUGAAUGUUAGUCUGAUGUGGAACUCAGUGGGAUUUUAUCAGAUUGCAAAGUUGAGUAUGAUUCCGGUAUCCUGCUUUUUAGAAGUUGUGAUGGACAAAAUUCGAUACUCCCGAGACACAAAGCUGAGCAUAGGAGUGGUUCUUUUGGGUGUUGGUGUCUGUACUGUCACUGAUGUGAGUGUAAAUGCAAAGGGUUUCAUAGCUGCCUUCAUAGCAGUUUGGAGCACUUCUCUGCAACAAUAUUAUGUGCAUCACCUUCAAAGAAGGUAUUCACUUAGUUCUUUCAACCUACUUGGACACACUGCUCCUGCACAGGCUGGAACACUGCUAUUAAUAGGUCCAUUUAUGGAUUACUGGUUGACCAACAAAAGAGUUGAUGCCUAUAAUUAUACCUCAGUGUCUGUGAUGUUUAUUGUCCUUUCAUGCACCAUCGCAGUAGGGACCAACCUCAGUCAAUUCAUCUGCAUUGGCAGAUUCACUGCUGUGUCCUUCCAAGUACUUGGUCACAUGAAAACAAUCCUUGUAUUGAUUAUGGGGUUUUUCUUCUUCGGAAAAGAGGGUCUCAAUCUGCAUGUAGUUCUUGGCAUGAAAAUAGCUGUAGCUGGAAUGAUUUGGUAUGGCAAUGCCUCGUCUAAGCCUGGUGGAAAGGAGCGUUGGAGCCACUCCCUCCCCACCAGCAGACAACAAAAACACAAUAGUUUGUCAGAAUCCAAUGAAUUUGAUGGGAAAGUCUAGAGGUCCCUGUAGAAUAAACUUGAGCAUACAACGGUUAGCUGAUUUCCGGAAAUCAUGAGAGAUUAGAAAAGCAGCCAUUGAUUUAAACUAUUUUUUUUAUCCUGAUUUUGUAAUUCUUAUUACUUGUAUUGAAAUUGAAUUCAUUUGAGAAGCAUAACUUUUGGAUAGGGUAUUAGGGUUAGGUUUCACUUCCUAGCAAAAUUUUUGCGUUUCUGUUUGGAGAAUACAAUUUACAGCAUAAAAUCUCUUUUUUCUU